CUCUGUAUUCUAGAAUGGCAUUGAUAUGAGCAAGAUCAACAGUGUUAUGAGAAUCAAACCCGGAGACAAAGUUCUAACAAUCGCAGCUAGUGGCACACACGCCAUCUCCCAUCUUCUCGCAGACCCUCAACAAGUCAUAGCUUUGGAUCUAUUUCCCCCUCAAAUCUAUAUUUCUAAGCUGCAAGCGACUGCAAUGAAACUACUGUCUAGAGAUGAAUUCAGUAAAUUCAUAGGUAUUAAUAGAAAAGCUAUCAAUCCGACUGAGAGAGUAAAAAUAUACCAAGAUAUAAGAAUGGCUCUUGAGCCUAAUACAAAGGAAUUUUGGGACAAAUCUUUGCAAGACAUCAAAGAAGGGAUUUUCUAUUGUGGAGAAUUUAACAAACUGGUUGCUACACUGAGUGAUGAACUGCUGCCUAAAGUUCACAAUAAAGCAAUGAUAGAGAGGUACCUAGCUUUAGGGGAUAACAUGAAGGAACAGGUCCACUUCCAUGAUGCAAUUUGGGACACGGAACAAUGGCGCAUUGCUUAUAAGAGCAUGCGAGACCUGAUGAUUGGUCCAAUGCGUGACUUAAUAGAGGAGAUUGAUAUUACAACAGCAUGUCUUCACCAAUACAACAGAGUGAUCAGAAAUGUCCCAAACAACAAAAACGAGUUCUUAGAACCACUUCUAACAGGGGAUAUUAGCGGUAAAUAUCUAAUGCCUUUGUAUCUCAGAGAAGGAAAUUAUGAAUACAUAAAAGAGCGUCUUGACAGAAUUACAUGGAUUGAAGCAGAUAUAGCAGAAUACAUUGAUAGCGUUGAUGAGAAUGAAUCCCGGAAAGAUUGUCAGAUGUUUGACAGUAUCAAUUUUUCAACUGUCAUACCAUAUAUGACGAAAGAACCUGGCAAAAUCAAGAAUAUGAUCAAAUCUGCUGCAAACAUAUGUAAACCUGGUUCAAAACUUGUAUAUUACACUCUCGGGGAGUUCAGUGUUCUAUACCCAGAUGAGUUGAUAGACAGUGGGGUAAUAAGAUAUGAUGGCCAAGAUAAUACAUAUGGGAUUCCGUUCAUUCCAAUAGUGUCAACUGUAAUACAAAACAUGGCUAACAAGACACCCACUGAUAAAUAUCACACUUUGAAUCAAGAAAAAUGGCCAUCAUUUCAUUAAGACUGCUCUUGCAUCUGUAAUAAUAUCAAGUAGAAUGGAUUUUCAAAGUGCGAUAAAAAUUGUAAAUUGAUUGGAGGUUGUCACAGCAUCUUGUAUGUUUGAUUCAUAUUUUAAGCAUU